GUGUAUUCAUCUAUUUAUUGCUCUCACCGGUCACACUCACACAUGUCCACGACGCAUAAAUCGUACUCGUUGAAUCAGGAAGCUUUAACAGGAAGCUGUGAUUCGGCAGAGUGCCUGUCACUCCCCGCUAAAGGGAAACCUCAGGUUCGGUAGCGCCGCCGUUCCGCCUCCUUCAAACUGGCGAGUCGCUGUGGUUAGCAGCAGCAGCAGCACGGCGAAUGUUACUGUGAAUAUCCACUCAUUGAAUGAAAGUCGGGGCCAGGCUGUGGCCAUUCGCUGCAAACACGCCGAGGUUUUCUUACGGGGCGGCUGGUGGACGAUUGGCGACACUGUGGGAGCAUUAGUGCGACCGGUACAGCCCGACAGAAAGAGGUGAAAGGCGGUUGUGGAAGGGGAAGGAGCAGGGGGAAGACCGCGCGGCGUGUGAAGCAAUGCAGCGGGUCACGGCGCAGCUCGUCGCCGGGCUGCUGGCAGCGGCGCUGUCUCUGCUGUCCGAGCAGUGCCGGGCGGACGGCGGGGGCCCCAGCCUCGCAGAGCGGGUUAUCUGGGCUGUGAACGCCGGGGGAGACUCGCAUGUGGACGUGCACGGUAUUCAUUUCAAGAAGGACCCAUUGGAAGGGAAAAUUGGUAAAGCAUCUGAUUAUGGGGUGCGUCUGCCAAUCCUACGCUCCAGUCCUGAGGACCAGAUUCUCUACCAGACAGAGCGGUACAAUGAAGACACUUUCGGGUAUGAUGUCCCCAUUCGUGACGACGGAGACUAUAUACUAGUCAUGAAAUAUGCAGAGGUUUACUUUGCACAGUCACAGCAAAAGGUGUUUGACGUCCGUGUAAACGGCCACACUGUGGUUAAGGACCUGGACAUCUUUGACCGAGUGGGCCACAGUACCGCUCAUGAUGAGAUAGUGUCGUUCUCUAUUAAAAAAGGCAAGCUCAGCGUGCAAGGAGAGGUGUCCACCUUCAACGGCAAGCUCACAGUGGAGUUCGUAAAGGGUUACUAUGACAACCCCAAGGUCUGCGCGCUCUACGUCAUGAAGGGGACUUUGGAAGAUGUACCGAAGCUUCAGCCUCACCCCGGCCUGGAGAAGCACGAGGACGACGAGGAAGAGGAGGAGGAAAGCGAGGAAGGGGGGAAGAAAAAGGUCCAGCCGGGCUCCAAGUACAGGGUGCAGUCGGGCCCCCGGACGCCGAACCCCUACGCAGCCGACAACAGCAGCCUAAUGUUCCCCAUCCUGGUGGCGUUCGGAGUCUUCAUCCCCACGCUGUUCUGCCUCUGCCGGCUGUGAACUGGAAAUAACCGAGGGGAGGGGGGGGAGACGCCACAGCAGGCAGAGCAUAGAGAGAGAGAGAGAGAAAAAGAGAGAGAGAGAGAAAGGAGGGGGGAGGAUGGAGAGGAGGUCACCGUGACAACAGCAGCACAGGUACAAGCAUCCACACAGGAGAGGGAGCCAAAGGCCGGAGGAAAAUCAUGACGGAGGGCAAGAAGAAAGAAAAAAAAAAAGAGAAGUUAUCGGAAAGCCACUGCCAGAUGAAGCGAAGCUUUAUUAGGAAAACAACAAAAAAAGAAAUGUGGGAAGUGUAUUCUGCACGCUUCUUCGAAUGUGCUUCGCAUCCACCUCUGCUGACACUUUUUUUUUUUCUUUUUGAACAAUCUUAGUCAUUUCCAUUAAAAAAAAAGAAAAAAAAACAAGAAACCGGCUGGGCAGGAUUUCCAGAAGUUCAGCCGUCAUGCAAGUAGCCACAACUCUGCAGCUCAGAGAUGCUCAGGAGUGAUUUGGGUCUGGGCCAAUUUUUCUAAACAAAAACACUUGGUCUUCGUACGGAGCGCGACGCGGGAGAGCGCUCCCUCACAACUCCUGCUUAGCAUCCGGUCAGACGCGUUCGGCUCAGAUUGAAAACGGUGCUGCUUGGAAAUUGGGUAUCUAGAAUAGAAAGUGUGAAUGAGACGGUUUGUGUGUGUGUGUGUGUUUUUUGUUUGUUCAGAUCUUGCUGGCCUUCUGUCGUCUACCUGCCAUACGACGCUGAAAGAUGGAGGGAGUCGCGCUUGAACCAGCUCCGUAGCUGGCACUUCGUUUGCUGUCCUUGCCUCUACAUGAACACAUUUUAUCACGAUGCGUUAAAAUGCAUUAAAAACAAAACCGUCUUUGGAGUCAUUUUCACACAGAUCCUGAUUUGCACUUGUUAGAAUCGACCCAGCGCAUUUUAAAUCGAUUACCGCUCCAAACGUGGAUACGUCGGGAAGCCUUCCCAAACUAUUCGUCAUUGUUCAGAGACGAAGUUUGUGCUGUGAAAUGCUGAAGUAUCCAUAAAGGUCAUACAGGUGCAGCUCAAUAAGUCAGAAUAGCAGGCAGAACAUUUAUUUCAGAAAUUUGGUUCUAAAAGUGAAGCUUGUGUAGAUACUUUUUUAAAAAAAUAUGGCUUACAGUUAAUAUCCCAACAUUUCAAAAGAUAUAUUUAAUACAGAAAUGUUGGAAAAUAUCUCCACCGCUGCAGUCUCUCCAAUCGAGUACAGAAACUAGGAUCAGCGACAUCAUCGUUUUAGAAAACAAAAUGUGCAUCUUAACAAAUAUUGUCGAUUCCUAAAACAACAAUCCAAGUCAUUUUUUAAACAAAGAUGUAGGCAAAAAAAAAAAUGUUUGGCAAAAAAUGGCUUUGAUUGUUAUUUUAGGAAGGUGACGAUGUGCUGUGAGAUGAUGUACUGACGUUGGACUCGAUUUAAGAAAAUAAUACCUGAACGACACUAACAGUUGAAAUGGCUUUUACGAAACGGUACUUUUGAAGCGUCGCUAAUCAUCUCCAAAAUCUUAAAGCUGCGCCAGUCCGUGGUAUUACUUCCUCCUCUCCUGCCACACUUUUUCCUUCCACUCGAUUUUUCAUGAAUACGGACUCAGACCAGCCUUCUUCGUCCUUUUGUAGGCCAAAAUGACUGAUGUUUCUAGAACAAAAAAUUCAUUUUGCUUUGCGGUUUUCAUUCGCUGUGAGCUGCAGUAGAAUCUUGAACUGCAUGUCUCUAUGGUGGAUCUACGCAGAGGUUGUUAGUUUUCGAUCCAAAUUAAAUUACUUAAAUGAUCAAACUUUUUAAUACAUUUAUUGUGUUGCACCUGUAGAGAUUUUUUUCAAAAUGUUUUCUCCAUACAUUCUCUGUUUCACCAAAGACUUUCCGCUUUUUCUUCUUCAGCAGACGGAGGAGUCGGCCGGUCUCAUUUCAGUGAGCGCUUUUCUCCAAAUUGCCAACAACAUUUGUAGAGAACGCCGUUUGUCUAAAAUUCAUCAAACGGCAGAUUACAGUUUGACAUUUUUCCCAGCUUCUUCUAGGUAGUGAAUUUUCUGUCAUCUUCUUAAAUCGAGGAUGUCUUCUCUUCGUGCCAUAGACCUGUCGCUCCUCUGUCUCCAUCGAAGCCAUCGUCUCCACGUUCCAAGCGUUUCGUUUCCCGUCCCAACCGGCGCCCGCUCCGCGUCUCGCAGGUUCCCCUUGUUCGCAUCACAACUCUGCCGGCGGGGGGAGAAAGCACAAGACUUAGAAAUAUCUGAUGUCUACCAACUUGCUACACGCGUUUUCCUUUUGGCCUUUUCAAGCUGUUUUGUCUUAAACGUUUGUUUUUGUGUUUUUUUUCUUUUUUGGUCGAGUCCUAGUGAAUCUUCCUGUUCAUGAAUCUACUUACCUCUCCUAAGUGCUUUUGCUCUUACGCAAUGAAUGACUUCAGCUCUCCUUCUCUCAGCCUUUCCCUCUCCAGCAUAUGAAAGUACUUUUGUACACUGGAGAAUUCACUUUUAAGCAAAAGUACCGUUUACGGUAAUCUGCUGUAAGCGGUAAUUCAGGUGGGAAAAAGAAAGGGAAAAAAAAUUAAAAAUCAGAUGUUGGGGAUCCUUCCACAGUUAUCGAUUCUCCUCUCCCUUUUCUUAAUUUUUUUGUUUUGAUACACGAUUUUCAAGAAGUUUUGUCCCAGAACCUGUUGGGUCGGUCGAUUUUGCAGUUCUGCCUCGGCUGUUUGUGUGUUUUUUGUUCUUUUUUCCCCCUCAUUGAAAUUGGAAGCAGCUUUUCUUUCUUCUGUAAAGAGGCCAAGCAUUCGAUUAGUUCAGCGCCAAAGUCACUAUUCUACUUCUGCUCUAUAUAUGCGGUACGGAAACUGGUUUUGGUCUCAUCGUCUUUGGGGUCUCCUGUCGUCGUUGUGGCCGAGGGGUUCGUUGGGGUGUUCAGAUUUGUGGCCUUUCUUUCUGGGUGGGGGGAGGCGCGCUCCUUGGUAUGUAGCGUAACUGGGGGUGGGAGGCAGGAAUGACAAAAAGCCACAUUAAGUGGCUGUUUAGAAAACGUAAGAUGUCAGGAUGAUGUGGGAUCUAAUUUAAAUUGGAGCGUGGGCUGACUCUGAGAUGUUUUAUAUUAUGCCUGGAUUUUUUUUUCUUUUCCUUUUUCUUCCUCAGGAUCUGUUUUUGAGUUCGUGAAACAUAUUUUAUUGGUGUGACAUCUUUGCACUGCCUCAUGUCAUGUUUUUAAUUUUUUUUUGUUUUGAUUUGUCUUUUUGUUGCCUUGAAUUGUCGAAUACAUCGUGCUUCACCAUCGUUCGCCUUGAGAUUGCUCGCUCGCUCGUUGCGCAAGAACAUCCUGGCUGCUUUUGUCGUCGGAACAGUUUUCAGGGAUUUCUCAUUCCACGUAACGGCGCGCGCGCUAAGAAGCAGAUCAGCAGAAUUAUUACUCCUAAAGACUCACUGACCUCAAUUUUACAAAGGAGCAAAGCCAGUCAAGAAACAAGAGAGAAAAUCCAUCCUGCUCUGAUUUCUAGGACCUGUUGUCUGUCCAUCUCAGCUGAAUGAACUAGACUGUAGUUUUUUUUCUUCUUCUUUACCACACAAGAACCAAAGAAAUGUCAUCAUUCCAUCUAAUUUCUUUUAUGAAGUCACACAAGAUUGAUUUCAGUGAGAGAUGAAUCAAUCUCUCUACUUCAAAUACAUUUAUUUUCUUUCAUCUCGCCUGAUUAAUUGAAAAAUGUCCUCAGAUUUUUAUUUUUAAACCCCGUUUCUCCUCCUUGAUGACUUUAGAAAAAAAACAACAACAAAAAAAGCCAGAACAGCUCGUGUUGUUAAUAACAAAUGUUCACUGGCGUCUUUGCUUUCGUCCUCCCCUCCACCCAGAUUAGCUGAAUGAAUUGGACUCGUUCACAGCGAGACGCGGCUGCAGAGCGGAGCAGCUCCCGGCUCGUCAGCCGCGCCACCAGCCAGGUCCGCUGCUGGUCACGCGGCGCGAUUGUGUGAGAGAAUGAGGUUGCUUUUUGCUACAUGCAUCCCGUCAUACUGUAGAUACACGUGUCGGAGAAACAUCCGAGAAGGCGGCGGUGGCAGCAGCAGCAGGUGGACUGACAAAACAUUUGUAAGACCUCUGAUCUCGUGAUGCAGAUGUGGCAUAUUUCAAGAUGCAAGAUGGGGGGGAAAAUUGCUGAUUUAUGCUGUAUCUUUUUAAUAAAUGUGCUAUUUUUAUCAGAA